UGAUGAUUUACCUAAAGAAUGGAGAUUCCAUAGAAAUCAUCCUCAAAAAGACAUUAUUGAUGAUCCAUCUCAGAGGAUGAUGACUAGAGCACAAUUGAGAAGAUAUUUUGGUAAUGUUGCUUUUGUUUCACAAAUUGAACCUAAAUGUUUUGAAGAUGCUCAAAAUGAUGAAAGUUGGAUUCUUGCCAUGCAAGAAGAACUAAAUCAAUUUGAGAGAAAUAAAGUUUGGAAUUUAGUGCCUAAACCAAAAGAUCAUUCAAUUAUUGGUACUAAAUGGGUUUUUAGAAACAAAAUGGAUGAAAAAGGAAAUGUUGUUAGGAACAAAGCUAGACUAGUGGCUCAAGGCUACAACCAAGAGGAAGGGAUUGAUUUUGAUGAAACCUUUGCUCCGGUUGCUAGAAUUGAAGCUAUUAGAAUGUUGUGUGCCUUUGCAUGUUACAAGGAUUUUAUGCUUUAUCAAAUGGAUGUCAAGAGUGCAUUUUUAAAUGGUUAUAUUGAUGAGGAAGUGUAUGUUGCACAACCUCCAGGCUUUGAAAAUCAUGAGCAUCCAAAUCAUGUUUAUAAACUUACUAAAGCUUUAUAUGGUUUAAAACAAGCUCCUAGAGCAUGGUAUGAAAGGCUUAGCAAAUUCCUUUUACAAAAUGAUUUUCAAAGAGGCAAAGUGGAUACAACACUUUUUGUUAAGAAGCAUCAUAAUGAUAUGCUCAUUGUGCAAAUUUAUGUUGAUGAUAUAAUUUUUGGUGCUACUAAUGAAUCGCUUUGCAAGAAAUUUUCUAAGAUUAUGCAGAAUGAAUUUGAAAUAAGCAUGAUGGGUGAGCUUACAUUCUUCCUUGGACUUCAAAUUAAGCAAAUGAAAGAUGGCAUCUUCAUAAACCAAUCAAAGUACAUCAAGGAUAUGCUAAAGAAAUUUAAGAUGGAAGAUUUGAAGAGCAUGGGCACUCCUAUGAGUUCAACAAUUAAAAUGGACAAUGAUGAAAAAGGUAAAGAAUCUCCUGUUGCUGCGGUUGCUUCGUCAUCCUCAUCAGCCUCCGACGAUAUCCUUGUCGCCACAUUACAAAAGAAAUUGAAAGGGAAGAAACACUUACCUGAAUCGAAAUCAACUAGUGGGUCUUCCAACCCAUCCAAGGCAGUCGAACCUACUGUACCGACGCCAGAAAAGAAAAAGAAGCAAAAAAUGCGAGGGAUUGAUACCCAACGCAAAAUGGGCGCCGUCAAAUCUUCGGGCUCAGUGGAUAAAGCACUGCUAGAUUACAAAUUUAUCAAAUGGGAGUACUUUAAUCAGGUAAAUUUUCAAUUCAAAGAACUUUUUGAGUUUCAAGGAUGGAUGGAUGUUUGUGAAUGUACAAAUGAGUAUUACCCUAGACUUGUUCAAGAUUUUUAUAGGACUUUAAGAACAGUUGAUGAUGAAGACAAAUUUGAGGUUGUUUUGAAUGACAGUGUAUAUGGUGUCUCUGUUGAAUUGAUAGCUACGGCUUUAAACUUGCCUAAUGAUGGAAAUAAAAUUUCCACACAUAAGGAUGUUGCUAGGGUGGCAGGAUUUAAUUUGGUUGAGUUUGAAAACGAAGUGUUCCCUGCCAACACUGCCACAAAUGAAAAGUCCACUAGCACAAAAGCUAUUCAACAUAUCAAAAUCAUUCACAAGCUAAAUGUAAAUGUCUCUAAGGAAAGCUCUAGAACUGAUUUGAUUGUGCUCAGAGAAAUUCACUCUGACACUGAUGGAAGAAAGAAAAGGUUUGAAAAGGGUGGUUCUUCCUCAGCUAAGGUUGGUUCUGAUUCGACAAGUGAAUUUUUGAGUGAGAUUCAAGGGCUAAAAGCUGCUGUUAAUGAUCAAUUCAGUUCAACCCAUCAGUCCAUUGAACUUUUAUGA